GCAUUAAAAACAGCUACGUGAGAUAACCAACUUCAAUGGGUUCGAUACUGCGAGUACUUAUAAGUGUCCUAUGGUUUCCAAUAGAAUUUCUCUAUUGGUUUAGAAAGGAUGGAAUAAGUGUUCUAAAUAAACGAAGAAGUAAAAGCGUAUUUCUUCGAAUAAAACAGUUAGUUGUUUUUCUCUACCUUUUGCUUAAACGAAACUUUCUGAAACGUCGACUAGUGAACAUUACAACUGAUUAUCGACAGGGGGCUAUAAAAUUUGGAGUCAUCGCGGCAGAAGAAGAAAGAAACCUAGAAAAUCCAAGACAUUUGAAGAAUACUGAUGAUUUCGACGAGAUAUUUUUCUGUGGUGUUAAUUCUGUUGGUGAUGCGAUAGUUCUCCGAAUCACCAGAAGAGGGACUCCACAGGAGGGAGUUCAACUUCAUUUAAAACAUGCACAGAAAAAUGAACUAUAUCAACUUCCACUUCACCCGGACACCAACGUUGUGAAAAGGGAGAAGGAUGUUUUCGUUGCAGCUGGAAUUCGAAUUAAAUGCUUAAAUCCGCUACGAAAUUGGAGGAUAUCUUAUAAUGGGCUUUUAAGGAAAGUAAGUCCAAUUGGAGAUCGGGUUCAACAGGAGGAUGUUCAUGUAAAAUUUUCUUUCGUUUGGGCUGUGACAACUUUGCCCUUUGACUUUAAGAUCGAUUUCUGUCCCCGUCUCCUUAGUGAGGCUGUAGCAACUGGUACAUGGACUCGAAGAUUUCCGACUUAUGAAAGGAUCACCGAAACACAAGAUCGCUAUGAUCAGUGGGGCCAAUUUAGAGGGACGGUUAGUUUUGACGAUGAAGAAGAAAGGGAAAUGUUGCUUUGGGGAAUAAAAACUAGACAAAGCGGUUCAAUGGACCGGACCCGUUAUGAUCGUUAUAUGCACAUUUAUGGUAUCAUGAAGGAUGGUAUGUCAUUCAACAUCAGCCUUGUACCUCUGCCUGGUUUUUAUACUCAUUUGCAUUGUGGGUACAUUGCUCUCCCAAAUCAUUAUAUAUAUCCAUUACAAGAUUGUGACCUGUCUCUGCCACCAGAUGGACAGUUCAGGCGUGAGUGGACUAUCAAGUGUGUGACUGACGUAGACUUAAGUGGGACUGCAGUUAUCCCUGAAGUAUUAGAUUUGACUGAUUCGUUGUGCAUGAGUUCGGAAGUAGCUGGAGGAAAGGGUAUGUCUCUGGCAUGUUUAUUGGAACUGGCUAGUGAGACUGGACAGUUUCAUGUUCCCAAUGGCAUUGUACUAACUACUGCUGCUUAUCAACGCCACCUAACGGAACAUCCUCGAUUGGAACAGGCUCUUAGUACUGUUCGUAAAGCCAUCAGUGCUGUUGAUGAGUUCUUGAACACUCCACUGACUGAAAAACUCAAAGAAGAAGUGUCCAGAGCGUUAAACAGGGUUUUCUCGAAAGAUAGAGCUGAAUUGCGUUUUGCUGUUCGAUCCUCUGAUGUAGGGGAAGACAGUUCCGAAACCUCAGCUGCAGGGCAGAUGGAAACCAUAUUAGGAGUUAAAGGAGUUUCUCAAAUUCAUGAAGCAGUCAGUCGGUGUUGGGCUUCUUCUGUAGCAUUUAAUGCUGUCCAGUAUCGUAGACAAAAUGGUCAACUAGUGGACCCAAACAUGGCAGUGGUCAUCCAAGAAAUGGUACCAUCUCAAGUGGCUGGAGUGAUGUUUACUUCUCAUCCCAUCACAGGACAUCCGUCUUACAUCUCUAUUUCUGCUAAUUAUGGAUUAGGAGAGGUAACACGAGAUAUUUAA